GUUCUUCUCUGUCCAGGCUUCUUGACUUCAUCUCGGUGAGAAUGACGGACAGAUACAACAUCCACAGUCAGCUGGAGCAUCUCCAGUCUAAGUACAUCGGCACAGGACACGCCGACACCAGCAAGUGGGAAUGGCUGGUGAACCAGCACAGAGACUCGUACUGCUCCUACAUGGGACACUUCGACCUGCUCAACUACUUCUCUGUGGCUGAGAACGAGAGCAAAGCCCGUGUCCGCUUCAACCUGAUGGAGAAGAUGCUUCAGCCGUGUGGACCCCCGGCAGACAAACCUGACGAUGCAUAAUCACCCUGUUGGCUUAUGCUGUGUUUUUCUUUUACUGGAUAGUUUUGUAGAUUGUUGAUUUGCCUGCCAACGUAUUUCAUGUUAAUGCUCGUUUGAUAUUUCUGACAUCCGAAGCCAUUGCCCAUUUGAGAUACCUGGACACUGAUCUUUACGAUGUUUGCAUCUGGAACAGUAAAACAACUUUUUUUUUUUGUCUUAAGUUCAAAACAUUAAUUUGACCAAAUAAUAGAAUACAUGUACAAAGAAGUCUACCAUUACCUGUCAUGUUGUUGUAUUAACUGGUGAAGCUGUAUUCUCCUUUGGUAUUUCUAUUUUGAUUAUAUUAAAAUCAUCCUUCUGUUGACAUUUUAA